AUGGAAGUUGUUGAAUCUUUCACUUACAACAAUUUCAAAAUUGAAUGGAUCAAUGCCAUUUCUAAAGUUGGAUAUGUCAAAGUAAUCAAAACAACAGACGAAACAGUCAAAGAUAAUGUCGAAAUGUGGCUUCUUGCAAAUAAAAUUGGAAAAUUCUUAAGAUCGUGCGAUGAUAUUAAGUCAGAAGAUAACGCAUUUCAUUCCUUGCAAAGACCAGGAAAGCAAGAUAAUAUUUGCAUCUUCCCAAGAUAUGCAAAUGAUUAUUCAGAUAAUAACUUAACAUAUAACAUUGCUGAAAGUGACAACCAACCAAAAACAUCAUCAUCUGAGAUUAUUUUACCAUUAGUUCAAAAAUUAAAAUCUUAUCUUCAAAAUCAAUAA